ACGAGAGAGUCGAGUUACGAAAUGGGUCGGCUCACCGAGUCAACAUCUGUCGAAAGAGGGGGGGAGGGAAAGGCAAAAAACAAACCCUUAUGUAACCGAUAGAAAAGGGAUCUUUAGAUUUUAUUUUUCCAUUUUAUCCCUUUUUUGGAUGGGUGUUGAAAUAGCACAACAAAUGGUGAAGGAUGAGGAGAUUAUUACUCUCUCCCCUCUUUACUUCUCCUUCUCUUCUUCCUCUCCCGUCUCUUGCCCUAACCCUAAUUCUCCCUGGAUUCAAUCCUCCCUCUUUUCUCCAAAUCCUACUUAUCGGGCUUCCUUUCAUCAUCAUCAUCAUCAUCGUCAUCUUCUCUAUCCUCCUGAUUCGGCGAUCUAGUGUUCCCACCUUGGCCUCUCUGUAUACUCUACAAUGGGCGAUAAUGGUGGUGGUUCUCAUUUUGAUGCUUUGAAGAAUACCGUGAGGAAGAAACGCAGCCUCAUUCCUCGUCGUCCUCGCACUGAAGGAUUCAAUCUUUUCAUACCAAGUGAUGAUAUACCCGCAUUUGAUACUAACCCUAGAAGGAAAGAGUUUAGUCUUAGCCACUGUAUAUCCAGGCCUGAUUCCCAAACAGGAAACAAUGAUUCUCUGCAGAGAGAGGCAACUGAUUUCGGUGAAAGGAAGAGAAUGAAGCUUAAGAUUGGUGGUGUGAGUCGUCUGGCUCAUGCUAAUGGUUCACCUCGAAAGUCUUCCAAACCGGUGAAUGCUACUACUAACAACCAUUUGGAGGAAAGUUCAGCAGAUUGUAACUCCCCUCUAGAUAAGAAGGCUGAUCUUGAGAAAGACGAAUCCAUGACAGGGAGGAGAAAACAAGGGGAACCAGGUGGCUCGGUUCGCAAGAGCAAACGAGCCCUUAAGAAGCAGGUUUCUGAUAGCGAUGAGGACAUUGAUAAUGAGAUCCGAUUUUUGGAAACGCUCAAGGUUAAGCCAUCUGGGGUUACAAUUGGGGGAAGUUCUGCAUCUGAAAAGGCUUCUGAUGACAUGGAUGCGGAGGAACUUGAUCCAGUGCCUGAUGGAAUAGAGAUUGGCAACGAGAUUAAGAGGGAAUCGACUAUGACUAGUCGCCAGCGAGCCCUUGCUUCUGCAUCUGGCAAAUCAACCGCAGUUGAAUUUCCAGAUGGAUUACCUCCUACAUCGAGAAGGAAAAGAGAGAAUCUUUCAGAGAUGGAGCAGCAAGUGAAGAAGGCUGAAGCUGCUCAAAGGCGAAAAGUGCAGGUUGAGAAGGCUGCAAGGGAGUCUGAGGCUGAGGCCAUUAGAAAAAUUCUAGGCCAAGAUUCGAGCAGGAAGAAGCGUGAAGACAAGAUUAAAAAGCGACUUGAUGAAAUUGCGCAGGAGAAAGCUGCGCAUGAGGAAAGGGUCUCUACAAGCUACAUCAGAACAAUAAUGGGUCCUAAUGGAACCACUGUUUCAUUUCCCAUUGACAAAGUGCCUAGCCUGUUCGAUCCAAAACCAUCCGGUUAUCCUCCACCGCGAGAAAACUGCGCGGGUCCAUCGUGCACCAAUCCGUACAGGUAUCGUGAUUCAAAGACUAAGGUUCCUCUGUGCAGCCUCCAAUGCUACAAGGCGGUUCAGGAGCAGCAGCAGCAGCAGCAGCAGCAGCAGACCUCUGAACGAGCAACCGACCCCACCCCACCACCGGAGCAGACCUCUGAACCAGCAACCGACCCCACCCCACCACCGGUUUAGAUAGUGAUUGUUUUUUUUUUCUGGAUAUAAAAGGACAAGAACUUAGAGCGUUAUCAUUGUUGCAGUGAGGAGGUUCUUAGCUUCCUCAUUUUAUUACAUGCAGACAGACAUGGUUUAGUAUAUUUUACUUUACUUCAGACUUAUCUGAUCGGAGAGUUCAGUUUUCUUUUGUGGCCGUCCAUUUACUUUUUACCAAACCAUUGC